AUGAGAUCGGUAAUUCGCAAGGUGAUCGGUCAAUGUACUCCAUGUGUCAGAGCUAUUGCCCAAUCGCCACAUCCCGUGAUGGGUAAUCUUCCCAGUUCACGAGUCCAAGCAUGUCGACCUUUUUCAAAAGUUGGAGUAGAUUAUGCUGGCCCACUGCCAAUGCGUGAGAGUAAGUUGCGAAAAUCCCGACAGUAUAAAAUUUACGUUUCUGUUUUUGUCUGUAUGGUCACCAAGGCUGUGCAUUUGGAAAUUGUAACAGAGCUAUCUACAGCAGCCUUUUUAGCCGGCUUUGAUCGUUUUGUUGCCAGACGUGGUCUUCCAACAUACGUGUACUCCGACUGUGGAACCAACUUCAAAGGUGCGUCAAAAUAUCUGUUUGAGGUCAUCAACGAUCCAGCUAAUCACCAUCUACUGUCAUCUCAUUCUUUCUGCACGUGGCACUUCAAUCCACCCGCAGCACCGCACUUUGGCGGCCUAUGGGAAGCGGCUCUGCGUUCUUUUAAAACGCUCCUCGUACGAACCGUCGGUGAUCAUACCCUUACCAUGGAGGAGAUGUCAACCUUACUGUGUCGGAUCGAGGCUGUAUUAAAUUCCAGACCUCUGACUCCAAUGACUGCCUCUCCCUUAGAUUUGGACUAUUUAUCACCUGGUCAUUUUCUUAUCGGGCAACCACUUUUGGCGGUUCCUGAUUUGAACAUUCCCGAAGGACGCUCCAAUGUGCUGACACGAUGGAAGUUGCUACAUCAAUGUCACCAAUUAUUCUGGCGUCGUUGGUCUACGGAAUAUUUGGCUUCUCUUCAAGUUCGGGUCAAGUGGACAACGGAUGUGCCCAACAUUCAGGUUGGACAAAUGGUCGUGAUCAAGGAUAACCAAAGUCCUCCAACAUCGUGGCGACUGGGUCGCAUUCUGGAAGUGAAUCCUGGUCAAGACGGCGUGAUACGAGUCGCCAAGAUACUAACGUCCACGGGGGAGUUAACUCGUCCGGUCGUUAAGUUGGUGUUAUUGCCCACGGAUUAA